GUACCCGUGCACGCAGGUACAGCUUGCCAAGAAUUCUGCCAACGUCGAACCAGUAGCAGCAGUGACACUACCGCUUCUGUUCUACUUCCGCCUCCAAAUCAGAAAUACCUACACGGUCAUCAUGAAUCGGUCCUCCGUUCCCAUACUUGGCGCACAGCUCAAAACUCCUGCGCUUAUCUCCUCCCACACCUUUACCGACUUUCUAAUACCUUUUCCUCGAAUGAUCUUUCCGCCACUCCUAACGGUAGUAGUAGUAGUAACAGUACCACGCCACCCACUACUACUACUACCACAAGUGCAACGACCAUACCAAACUUGAAAAUUCUCGACAUUGGCUGCGGUCCUGGAACUAUAACGAAUGAUCUUGCGUCGCUUAUCGCUCCUGCGGGAGGCACGAUCAUCGGUAUCGAUAUUUCGGAAGACAUCCUGGAGCAAGCUAGGGAAGAUGCGAGGAAGAAAGGGUUGGUGAACGGGAAAGGGCAAGGAGGAAGAGGGGAUGAUGAAUUGGGUUUAUUCGAAGAAGGGACUACUUUCGACGUCGUUCAUGUUCAUCAGGUCCUGCAACACGUUCAAGAUCCUGUGGGUGCCUUGAAAGAAAUCAAACGCGUCACCAAACCAAGGCCAACAUUCUCGAAAUCAAACUCGGGAUCGAACGUUGACAAAACCUUGGCAGCACCGCCAUCAUCAUUGUCACCGUCAUUACCAUCCUCGUCAGGGGCGGGAGAAGAAGAAAGAGGAGGAGGAGGGAUCAUUGCAAUUCGAGAAUCGAUAUAUGAUCGAUUCAUUUGGUAUCCUGAAUCGAAAGGGAUCGAAGAAUGGAGUAGGAAAUACAUCCAAGUGGCCAAAUCCAUCGGAACCGAACCGAACGCUGGAAAGAUGUUACACGUUUGGGCCAGAGAGGCAGGUUUACUACUUCAAGUUGAAGAAGAAGGGAGAGGCCGGAACAACAUGAUAUGCAGUGUGAGCAAUUGGUGUUAUUCGACUGAAGAGGAAGUGAAAUGGUGGAGUGGGUUGUGGGCUGAUAGAGCGACCAAGUCUAAUUUUGCAAAGAUUGCGAUCGAGAAAGGGUUAGCGAGCAUGGAGGAAUUGGAAGGGAUUAGGAAGGCUUGGUUGGAAUUUGGAGAGAGUGAAGAUGGUUGGUUCGUUAUUCCUAGCGGGGAGAUUUUGAUCUGGGUUUGAACUAUGUAGCAUUGAAGAACUUAACUAUGAUAUGACGGGAGCGUUAGAAAAAUGAGUACA